AUGCUUCUCCACGUAAUCUCUUCAUCUACUUCGCCUCCAUUUCCCCCUCCUUCGUUGCGCCAAGCCAGCUUCUCGCACACCUCAGACGAGUACGGUAGCACCUUCGAGGCCGUCGACGAAAUCGAAAUUGAGCAUCCAUAUCCACUAUUGGCUCGGCAGCGGAGCGACAAGCACCGGUCACUGCUCCAGCUGCCCCCUUUGCGCGAGCCAUCACCUGAGUCUGAAGUCCAACCGAGGGAUUCAACUCCAAAGCCUGAGUCGGAGCUGGAGGACACGGAGAUCAUGAACGACGAGCCCGCGCUCUGGAACUUUGGGCCUACGACGCAGGAUAUGGACGCAGACCCCAACAUACUCACCUUCGACGACACAUACGAUAUUGAGGUUUUCGAUGCGCCUCCGAUCCUCGCUACCCUGCCAUUCCGAACGCAGCCACCUCUACUUCCUCUACGCACCCGGUCCAUCUAG